UGAUUGCAGCAUGGCGGUUGUUUCGGACCUUGCCAAUGGAGAUGGAGGAGCACCUGCAACGGUUUCUUCCAGGAAUUUCAUUGUGAGACUGAUAUUGCCGGGUUUGCUGCAGGGCAAGGCUCAAACUUUUGUGACGCCCAUGUUGCCAAUCUUUGUGGCAGUCGACUUGGCAGGGUCGCACAGCAUGGUGGGCAUCAUCGCUUCAUCGUAUCCAAUCUCCACAUUCAUCUUUUCUCCGGCUGUUGGCGUAAUGAUGAAACAUUUGCACAAUUCUUUGGCUUCGUGCUUGGCAUUGGGAGUGCUGGUGGCCACGGCCGUGUUGUCAUUCGCAGCCCAAUCCGUUUAUGUCCUACUGGUCAUCCGCAUGAUUGGCGGCAUUGGCAACACAUCUUUCGAUAUCUCACAGAAGGCGUACAUGGCUGCAGAGGUUCCUCCUGGAAUCCGCGGCCGGAUCACUGCGCAGAUCGCAGGGGCCCAGAAGUGGGCCAUCAUGAUCGCCGCUUUACUCAGCGGAGUUGUGGCGGAACACCUGGCCACGCGAAGUAUUUUCCUUGUUCAGGCAUCCUUGUCCUUCACUGCCAUGCUUCUCAUCGCAUCCCACAGUCUCUACCUGAGACGAAAAAGUGCGGAUUUGGAUGGCGAUGGUGAAGCACUGACCGCCUCAGCGCCUGCAAAUGUCCCCUUGAUGAGGGUCUUGAGGGAUCACUGGCGUGGAUUGCUGGGAGCUGGUUUGUAUUGCGCCAUGCUGAAUGGCAUACGAAAUACGUGGAUGGUGGCAUUGCCACUGCGAGGACACCAUAUUGGUUUGAGCAAGCUGGGCAUCGGAGCUAGUGUAGCGUGGUACCGGGCAUGUGAUGCUACUGUCACUACUAUUGCUGCAGGCCAUAUCAUGGACAAGUAUGGUCUGAAGGCUGCCGCGAUACCAUCCAUGCUGUUGAUGGGUAUCGCAUUCUCAUUGCUGAGCGCGGUGAAAGGAUCUUGGUCCCUGGCAGCAGUCGCCUUGGUCUUUGGUGUUGGGAAUGGUUUUUGUGGCGGGAUUCUGAAUGCUUUCGCAACUGGACUUGCACCCAAAAAUGCUCGCACUCAGUUCUUAGGUCUCUGGAAGACCGUGACUUCGAUUGGUGGCAUUUGCGUGCCGCCCCUUUUUGGCAUGGUCUCUGAUGCGUCAAAUCUAGAUUUGGCUGGAUAUUUUGCCUCAGGCGCUGCUUUGUGUACCUUACUAUGGGCAGUCUUCGCGGUGCAAGAUGUAUCCAAAGAGGCACCGCCUGAUUCUGAAGUGUCUCAAAGAGAGCAAAUUUCAGUUUCGUUGGCGCACAAUCCAUCGCCAGCAUGAUCCGUUGCCAAUUCAUUUAGCAUCAAACAUUCUGAUUCAUUCUCACCAUCAUUUUCCAGCCCAAAAAUGUGGCAGUGUGGAAGUUCCUCGACACUUGGCCCAAUUGCAGGGUGCACUCAUCAUUGCGAUGGGAUCACCCAGUAAGUUCUAGUAUUAGUAUGUUGUACUUUCUCAUCACCGUGAUGUC